AUGGCGUGGUUUACCACGCUACCCCGAGGAUCCAUCACUAAUUUCCGUGACUUCUCAUCAAAAUUCCUCGUCCAGUUUUCCGCCAGUAAAACCAAGCAGGUGACAAUUGAGGAUCUCUACAAUGUCCGCCAAUCCGAGGGCGAGACUCUGAAGCAGUAUGUAAAACGAUUCAGCGCAGCAUCAGUCAAAAUUGAGGAGUCAGAGCCGCAUGCCUGUGCGCGUGCCUUUAAGAACGGGUUGCAGCCGGGGAAGCUAAACAGCAAGUUGAGCCGCAAGCCGGCUCGGUCCAUGGCGAAGAUCCAGACGCGAGCAAACACCUACAUCCUGGACGAGGAAGAUGAUGCUUUCAAGCGAAGGCGCGCGAAAAAGGAGAAGGACGGCGAACCAGGGGACGCUUUGCCGGAAGUUAAGCGGAAUAAGGAGAGGGGAGAGGGCAGCAGAAAGCGAGACAGGAAGCUGAGGAUAGGGGAAAAAGCUACGAAGGAGCCAUUGUACCCUAAGAGAGAAAAUUUUGAGCGCCGCAGAUCGUGGCAUCAAGCCGACCCUCGCCGGCGAGAGGAGUCAGGUAAGAGUCUUAACGCACAUCUGACGGAGUUGCUUCGAGAGGUCAAGGUAACUCACGCGGUUGAGGAAGGCGAGAAAGAGGCCGACCCGCCCCGAGUUGUGUUGGAUAAAACAAAGUGGUGCGAGUACCACCGCUCGGCAGGUCACGACACGGGAGAUUGCUUUACCCUGAAGAACGAGAUCGAGAGGCUCAUUCGAGCGGGACGAUCGCAGAUGAACGACCGUGGCGAUCGGUGGAAUGGAGAGCGGCAGCAAGGGAACCGGUACAAAGGUGGCCGUCAGCAGGAUGACCGAAGGCGGGAGCCGCCAGUUGGGACAAUAAACACAAUCGCGGGUGGCUUCGGCGGGGGCGGAGAUACAGCGUCGGCGAGGCGAAGACACGUGAGAACAGUGAUAUCAGUGCAACAGUACGAAACUCCAUUCGGUUUCCGGCAUCCAGAUAUUGUGAUAUCGUCGGCGGAUUUUGAAGGGAUCAGGACACACAAAGACGAUCAUGUGGUUGUGAUGAUAAGGAUCAACAGUUUUAACGUGCGGCGGGUUCUUUUGGACCAAGGGAGCUCCGCUGACAUCAUUUAUGGGGAUGUUUUUGAUCAAUUAGGAUUGACGGACAAAGAUUUGAUGCCCUAUACAGGAACAUUGGUUGUGGCAUCCAACAACGUCAUCAUUGGAAGGAACACACUCAAUCGCCUUUGUGCACUAAUCUCGACGGCACACAUGGCGGUGAAAUAUCCGCUGAUAAGUGGAAAGGUGGGAAAGAUUGUAGUUGAUCAAAGGAGGGCGAGGGAAUGUUACAACAACUAUCUCAGCUUUUAUGGAAAGAAACGAGCUGGCGAGGGACACAGGUGUCAUGAGGUUGAGGUCAUCCAAGGUAAUCAGGGCAGGCCGGGGGGAUUGAAGCAGGAAGUUGACAGGAAGAUAGCAAGAUCAAGGAGCAAUGCAGGACAGGUCGGGGUAGAUGGCAGAACGGGUAAGGAUGGACAGUUCACGAAUGCUCAAGCAGAGGAGCGUUGGGCAAAUGUGAUCGCAGACUUAGAAGCGUAUAAAUUCAACAGGGGGGUGUUGGCGAUCGAGCCCAGGCUCACGGUUAAUUAG